UCCGGUUCACUUGAAGCGCUCUCUUUGAUAGACCUUCUAACGUCCGGACCCACAACAGAAAGCUGCUGUGUUUAACCUGAUGGUUUGCUCCUUUGUUCUAUUUGAAAAGACUGAAGUGUCAUCCAGCAGCACCGGAACAUGGCCGGUCUUCCACCGGGAGAUCCGCAGCUGGUCUCCAUGAUCGUCAGUCAUUUAAAAACACAAGGUCUCUUCGACCAGUUCAGGAGGGACUGCCUCGCAGACGUCGACACCAAGCCAGCUUACCUGAACCUGAAACAAAGAGUGGAUAACUUUGUCUCUAAUCACCUGUCUAACCACACAUGGAGCCCUCAUCUGAACAAAAACCAGCUGAGAAACAACAUCAGACACCUCGUCCUGCAAUCUGGAAUGCUGGAGCAGGGAGUGGACAGGAUUGUAGCCCAGGUGGUGGAUCCCAAAGUCAACCAUAUUUUCAGGCCACAGGUGGAGCAGGUGGUUCAGGAGUUUUUGUCACCGGGGAGCUGCUCCCAAGAGCCCCCAGUCCUUUUGACUCCAGCAGAAGUCAAAGCAGAGAGCAGCGUUCCUGAGCAGGCUUCAUCAUCAACUCCAGCCCCGUCCACUGCCAGCGAUGCCAUGUCCAUCUUGGACACCAUUACGUCUCUCAACCAGGAGGCUAGCGUCUGGUCCGGUUCAGAAACUGAAAAGGGCGAUAAAAGUCAGACUCCGGAUGAUUCUGGGCCACUGACCGAGGAGAACGAGCAGGACAUGGAUGUUGUAGAGGAAGGGGACAGUAACCCAGAUGAAAAGCAGAUGGAGGAGGGGAAAAUGGCCACAGAUGUCCAAGCAUCAGAAGUGAAAACGGAGGACGUGCAGGAGAUGAUGGAGGUGGAAAAGGAGCAGCUAAUACAGGAGGUUAAAGUGGAAGAGGAGUCGGGAUCCCCGGAGCAGACUGAGGAGAAAAAAGACAAACACGUGAGCAAAGUCGGUGUCAAAGUCUCAGAAGAAAAGAUGGAUGAUGAGACGUUAAACUCUUCAAGUCUGGCUAAACAGAAUGCCAAGCAGAGGAUAAAGGAGGAAUAUUCUUUGGAGGACUCCGACUUAGAAGGGCUGAGCGACAUCACAGUGAGCUCCGUCCACACCAGUGACCUGUCAUCGUUUGAGGAGGAGAGCGAGGAAGAGGAGCAGCCGUCUGAUUCAUCAGAAGAAGGAGAGCUUCCACCAGAUGAUCAAGAGGAAAAACCAGGAAAGAAGCACACCAGUGGGGACACAGGAGAUGAAGACAAAGAGAGCAAACCUCGCCGCAAAGCCUACGUUCACAAACCCUUCCUUUACUCCCGUUACUAUAGCGACUCGGAUGACGAAAUCACAGUGGAGGAACGUCGCAGAUCUGCCGCGAAGGAUAAAGAGGAAAGGCUCCUGAAGAGGCAGCAGAACAGAGAGCGAAUGGAAGAGAAGCGGAAACAGAAAGCCUCUCAGUCUGAUGAACAAGAUGAUAAAAAGCAGAAGAGCACAGAGUCGGCUGCGCUGGAGGGCCCAAAAGCAAAGGAAGCUCGCAAAGAAAAGAAAGUUCUAGAGAAAAAAAUGGCUCUCAGCAGGAAGAGGAAACUAGACUCCAGGAAGGAGGCAGACGUGUCGAGCAAGAAGAAAGGAGAUGCAGCAGACGCAUUAAAGAAAGCAGAAGGAAAAUCUUCAUCCUCCAAGACACCGCAAGCAAAAAUAACAAGGAUUCAGACAGAAUUUGCGUCUUCUGAUGACGGGCACAGGCGGAUGAGCGGCAGCAUCUCCGAGGAUUCCUGUGAUGCAAAGAAGCUGCUGGACAAAAACCGGACCCACUCCUUCAUCCUAGAUCUGGAACAAGGCUCCCAAGAGGCUCUCAAACAGCGUUCUUUUGGCAAAUUUGACCGCCCGCCUCGCAAAGAGCUUCAUUUGAAGGAGCGCAAAGAGAAGGAACGCAGCCUGUCCGACGAACGCGCCAAGCCCAAACAGAAGCAGGAGAAGAAAUGUGAGCAUCCAGUAGAAGAACAGCUGCAGAAGGAAGGCUCUGCUGUUAGGGUGUCUUCUGAAGAGAAAGAGAAGAAGUCCAAAAUCAGAAGUGAGAAGAAAGCUGCUGGAAGUACAAAAGAAGGAAAAGUGACUGAAGUUGGUUCUGAGGAGGGAGGCUCUAAAGAUGUCAAGAAGGCAAAAGGCGGAUCUGUGGAGGGUGUUAAAGUGGAGAAGGACAAGCUAAGAGAAAAGGAUAAGAUCAAAGAAAAGGAAAAAGCCAAGGGGGAGAAAAGUUCAGCUAAAGGUGAUCUGAAGCAGCUCCUUCGCCCAGAUCCCACGUGCUCCUCUGAGGAUCGCUCUGACAAGGAACCUGGCUCGGACGUCGCCAAAAAGAGGGAUAAACACUCCAAAGAAGGGUUGAAACGAUUGAAGAGCCACACGAAGGACAAACCUGGAGACAAACCCAGAUCCAAAACAGAUGGUGAGAAAGAAAAGAGUAAGUCUGACCGGGAUGGACCGAAGUUACACAAGUCGAGCUCCGACACGGACAAAGAUCCCAAAAGUGUUAAACCAACGGAAAAGAGAGUGGCAGAAAAGUUUAAAAAGUCCAAAGAGGAGGCAAAAGCUCUGCUUUUAUUAAAGGCAGAUAAGAAAGCUCAGAGUCCUGAUGUGAAAAGUGUUGGAGGGAAAGAGUCGUCUAAAGCUGAGACGACAAAGGGAAAGAAAAAAGAGGGAAACAAAGACGUGAAGAGAGUCUCUGAGGAAGCUUUGCAUGAGAAACCAGACCUUAAAUGUGCAAAGAAAAAAGUAGAGAAGAAGGACAAAGUUCCUGAAAAGAAAAGGGACGGUCAGCAGGAGAGGACAUCACAGAGAGAGGACAAAUUGGACAAGUCUGAUAAAUCCUCAAAGUCCUCGGGUUUGUCUGUGAAUCCUGAGAGUGAAGAGCCACCAGAGAAACCACCACUUGUCCAAGAUGUGAGCCCAGACUCUGAUCCCGUCACCGCCGCCGGUACAGCUUCCUUCUCAGAGGACACCUGUGACGCUCUAAGUGACAUCACCCCAGAACCAGCCGAGGGUGAUGCGGCGUCCCAUCCUGAUGAGGUUCCAGCUGUACCCGCUGAAGCCUCGGCGCUGCUGACGCUCAUGGAUGUUUGUGCCUCAGCAGAGGCGAGACUUCCCGCUAGGAACCUCCAGCUGCAAGCGUCAUCUGAGAUGGAAAUUCAGGAUGCUGACAUGAAGAUGAAAGAGGCCGCCCUGACGCUUCUCUCCAUGGAUCCUGAUAGCACGGUGUCCUCCAGCUUAAGGGUCCAAAGCACAGAGGAGGAAUCUCUGUUAAAUCCGACCAGUCCGGAACCAAUAGAAACCAGUACAGCUGAAGAGGAGCAGCAGUGUUCUCCCGAGGAGAUGCAGCCAGCAUCUGAAGCUUCACCAGCUGCAUCCCAACAAACUGCUGAUGGAGAAAAAGAGUUGCCCUCUCCUGCAGAGAUGCAAACAGCACCUCAACAAUCUGUUGAAGGUGAAGAGCUUCUGCCUUCCGAGGAGAAGGAACCAGCGUCUGAAUCUGAGCUCCGUGUCUCUGAAAUCUCACCGGCUGCACCUCAAGAAACUGCAGAAGAAGAGCAGCAGUUGUCUUCUGUGGAGAUGCAACCAGAACCCCAACAAACUGCUGCCGCUGGAGAUCAGCCAGCUCCUGUGGAGAUGCCUCCCUCAUCUGAGCUCACUGAUGAAGCAUCAGACGUUGGAGAUGAGUCACUAAACGCAGAGACAAAGAUGGACAUGACUGAGGCUGAACUAUCAGAGAUGGUUCCUUCGCAGCAGGAUGACGCUCCCUCAGAUUCGUGUCGGACUCAGUCAGGAGGAGAAGAAAGUGCCGAAGUUUCUCCCGAGACAUCAUCAGAUGACAAAAUAACAGAAACAGCAGACGGCGAAGUGAUGGAGGUUCUGACUGAAUCAGAGGACAUCACUACAGACAUAGAAGCAACGGCAGCAGCUGCUGUUUCUGACACGCCUGAACAAACUCCAGAAACUCCCAACAGUCCAUCAGGGCCUGCCCAGACACAGGAUGUGGUUACAGAGACGAGCUUCAAGGUUGAAGAGGAGGAAAGGGAAGAAAACCAGACAGAAACUGAUGCUGUCGAUGAGACUGAGAGUAAAACAGCGGAGGACCAGGUUGUUAACCUGGAGAUGGAAACAACCCCUCCUGAUGCUUCAGAGGAAACUAAACCAGAGUCCAGAGUAGUCACACAAAUCAGUGAUGUCUCCAGCACAGAUGGCUCAGACCUUUCAGAAAAGGAAGAGAAAGGGGAUGGCGGAGGAAGACGUAAACGAAAGCUGUCCAGUCAGAAAACGGCACCAGAGGAAGAGUCUGGUAACAAUUAUAUAUCCCACCAACAUUCAGGAUCAACACAAAAGACUUCACACUGCCUUUGUAGUGACACCAGGGAUGAACUAGAAAGUGAGGACCAGCUGUCUGCCCAGGAAACUGAGCAAGAGGUGGUGGAGGUAAAAACACCACUUAGGGAGGAGCAGGAGCAGGAGGAGGUGGGAGUGGACCAGGAGAAAGGAGCAGAGGAGAUGCAGAGCUGCAGGGAAAGAUGUUCAGAAGCUGCAACAGCUGAUGAAAGCAGCGAGGACGGCCCUGGUGAAGUACCAACACCAGAACCUACGGAGGAGCUACGGAAAUCUGAAGCUGAGAGUGAAGAGCAGAUCAGUGACCAAACCAGAAAAGAAGCCUGUCUUCCCUCUGCUGCUCCAGAAGACGGUGAAGAUGCUGAACACCUGGACUCUGAGGAGUCUGCGGACACGCAGGAACCAGCCAUCACAAGACAACCAUCUGAGGAAGCAGAGGACUCUGGAGAGGAGUCCCAGGCUCAGCAGGAGGUGAUGGAUGAGAGUGAACAAAGAGAACCUGAAGCAAGACCUGACGGAGACGGUGGCGAGGACACAAGAACACUCAGAUCUUUUAUAAGCCCCACAUAUUUAGGUUCUCCAUCUGUGGAACAAUCAGAGGAUGUAAACGUGGACAGCUGCAGUGAGCAGAAACAUGACGAUACUGAGGAGGAGGAGCAACAGGAGGACCUGGAGCCGACUCCAAAGAAACGGAGAGGACGUCCACCAAAGGCUGCCGCAGCAGAAGACUCAGACAAAAAGGACAACAAAGCAGACGAGCAAGACGGGGAGGAGAACGACGAAGAGGACGAUGAUGGUGAGAAAGGAGAGGAGGGAAAGGAAAUGAAAACCAGAGCUACGACUCGCUUGGCGUCUCGUCUGGAGGCUGAGAGAAAUAAGCCGAGCAAACCGUCGACGCGGGCUAGUCGACAAAACGUAAAAGAGGAGACCACAGCUGGCACACGCGGGACGAGGGCCCAGGCUGCAGCCAAGGGGGCCCGUAAGCGGGAGGCCAGCCCUCCUGCUGUGAGAACGCGGGGAGGACAGAAAUCAGAGGAGCCCCCUUCCAAGAGAGCCAAGCGCUGAGACCUCUUAGAGCGGCGCAGCCGUGGGCCCCCGCUGUGUUGUUUUUACACUUCACAUUCAGAGACCUCUGCUGUCAGUUAGCGUGUAAAGAUGUUUGUGCCUCGGUGACCGUCGAUGCCAAAAAGCUCUGGAGAGUAUUUCACACUCUCCUCCGAUGACGGAGUGUAAAUCAGAGAAUCUGUUAGAAUCCCCCACAAUCCCGUCUGCCCAUAUGGUUUGGUUUACUGUGGGCAUUACUAAAGAAACCACAAAGCGCUGAAGUCCGAUCCAGAGUGCUUCGGGCCAAUCGGAGGCCUCAUGUGGCUCCGAGCUUUUGCUUCAAGAUAAAGAACGCUAGCUGCCACUCGGCAGAGGCCGCGUCGCGUUUCAGACGGCUCACGUCUCUCAUACCUGUUCUCGUCCGACGGUUGUUGUCAGUUUCAUUUCUUGGUAUUCAUUCUGUGAAUGAAAGGAAACAUUUUUCUACCAUGAAUUUAUUCAGUCUAAAUAUUUACAUAAAAGAGAGUCUAGUUUGUUUAAUAAGUAUUAGAAAUGUCUGAGUGUCACUCUUUCACUCCUGCGGGCUCAGCGCUGUUUCCUACUGAUUACAUAGAUGUUGAAUUAUUUUUACCAGCUGUCAGUAUACAAACAUUAGUUUUAUUAAUAACCAAGACUGACCAAAGUAUCUCUUUAGGUUAUUUUAGUCUUUAAGUCAUUUAUGUAAACAUGUUAUUUUAAUUGUUUUUAAUAAUAAACCUUAAAAUUCCA